AUGCAUGAAACUGUCCACGAAAUGCUUCAGGAAAACCCUACAGAGUCAGAUUCUAACACCAAAAAAAAAAUUCCGCGGCCGGGCGACUGCGAAGUCUGUAUCUCCUAUCUGGGAAGAUUUUAUCAGGACCUCAAAGACAGAGAUGUCACAUUCUCACCGUCCUCUAUUGAAAAAGAACUUAUAAAAUUCUGCCGGGAAGCAAGAAGCAAAGAGAAUCGGUUGUGCUACUACAUCGGGGCCACAGAGGACGCUGCCACUAAGAUCAUCAAUGAGGUGUCCAAGCCCCUGGCUCACCACAUCCCUGUGGAGAAGGUCUGUGAGAAGCUCAAGAAGAAGGACAGCCAGAUCUGUGAGCUCAAGUAUGACAAGCAGAUCGACCUGAGCACGGUGGACCUGAAGAAGCUCCGGGUCAAAGAGCUGAAGAAGAUCCUGGACGACUGGGGGGAGACGUGCAAAGGCUGCGCGGAGAAGUCUGACUACAUCCGGAAGAUUAACGAACUGAUGCCUAAAUAUGCCCCCAAGGCAGCCAGUUCACCGACUGAUUUGUAGUCGGCCUGGUCCCUGCUGCACCUGAGGGGAAAGCAGCUCACCUGCGUCUUCCCCACAGCCUUUUUGUAAUUUAUUUUUUAGGCGGGCUCCUGACAGUGUCAGGUGUGAAGCCUGGAGCUUUCCUGACGAAGCUGGCUCUCCAGCGCCCCCCUGGGGAGAUUCACUUUGUUCUGUUGCUGGUUUACUCUAGGACUUCAAAGUGUGUCUGGGAAUUUUUUAUUAAAGGAAGAAAAUUUCUA